CCAGGUGGGGCAGGCAGAAUGCUCCGGAGGGAUAAUUGGCAGGGCAGGUUUGGUCCUCCCAGUUCCGCUAAGACACAAAUUACUCAGCGGGCAGGCCUGUGGGUCGAGGCGCUUGGCUGGCGUCACCUGUAAUUACCUUAAUGGGGCAGGAGGGAGGUGCAGUGUGUAGUGGGCUGGGGGUAGCCCUGCUCUGCCACAUGCCUGCCAGGGGUGGGAUGGAGGCUCCAGGUUCCAGCCAGCUAAUUGCCAGCGAACCUUCCUGAAAUCCCACUGAAUCCCCUUUUCUCCACCAAGCCCUCACCUGGCCAUUCUUCUCUCUGCAGUCAGCCUGGGCUUCUAUCCGCCCCAGCCCUGCCCGGAGCCAGAGCCAUCAGUGGCUGAGCCCCCUUCUUGCCCCCUGGCUUUGGACAUGAGCCUUCGAGACUCCGGCUACAGCGUGGCCUCUGGACCCUGCGUGGUGGCCCAGCUGCCGUCUGAAGACAUGGGCCGCCUGGCAGACCCCCAGAGCAGAGACCACGGCUUCUUGCGCACCAAGAUGAAGGUGACGCUGGGGGACAGCCCCAGUGGAGACCUCUUCACCUGCCACAUCUGCCACAAGGCCUUCACCUACCAGCGCAUGCUGAAUCGCCACAUGAAGUGUCACAACGACGUCAAGAGGCACCUCUGCACCUACUGUGGGAAGGGUUUCAAUGACACCUUCGACCUGAAGAGACACGUCCGCACCCACACUGGCGUGAGGCCCUACAAAUGCAGCCUGUGUGACAAGGCCUUCACGCAGCGCUGCUCCCUGGAGUCUCAUCUCAAGAAGAUCCACGGCGUGCAGCAGAAGUACGCAUACAAGGAGCGGCGGGCCAAGCUGUACGUGUGCGAGGAGUGCGGCUGCACGUCCGAGAGCCAGGAGGGCCACAUCCUGCACCUGAAGGAGCACCACCCUGACAGCCCGCUGCUGCGCAAGACCUCCAAGAAGGUGGCCGUGGCCCUGCAGAACACCGUCAACUCCCUGCUGCAGAGCAACCACCACCUCUGAGGGCGCCGUCCGGCCCAGGAAGGGCCACCCCCCUGCGGCCUGGCCAGUCCGCCUCCUGCGGCCUCCUGCUGGGACACCGGUGAUCGGGACUGAAGCCCCAGGAUGUGUGCUCACUCGGCCCCGCGCUGACCUCUGCUCACGCCGGCCUUUUGUAUUUUGGGCGGAGGCUGAUCCAAGCCUGUGUUCUGGGCAGACGGGCAGACGUGGGGCAGGGCCAGGCCGGGACUGCCUUU